CUUCGACGCACUCACAGCCCAUCGAAUUCAAAGAGCUGCAACAACGCCAACCCAUCCCCACCCCCGUUUCACACUAGGAGAGGGAAAGGGAAAGGGAGAGGAAAAGGGAAAAAAAAAAAAUUUACCCUCCCGCCGACGCUUUUUGUGUUAUUCCCACUUCGCGUCGCAGGUUUCAAUAGGCCUCUAAUACCAUCCUACCCUACUAUUUCUUACCUUUAUUCUUAUUCUAUCAUAAUUAUUUCUUUUUUCUUUUCUCUUUCCUUUCUUCAAAGAAGGUUAAAAGAAAAACAUCUCUUUUACCUGCACUCACCUCUCUCCCUCUUACUGCCCACGUUUUACCCGCAACCAUGGCGGAUCAGAAUGUCGCCGCUCUCCUCGCUGCCCUGACAAGCGCACAGCGACCCCCCGGAUCUCAAGGAGGACCGCCAUUGCCGCAAGGUGGCCCUGCGGGAUACGCUGGAAUUCCGGCAGGUCUGACCGGUCAGCCGCCUUCACAAUCUGUGGCCUCUCCUCCGGUUGGCUACUCUUUACCGCAGCCAUCUGCCUCCGGUUCUCUUGACCUUAGCAAUAUCAAACCUACAACGUCCGGAAAGGUAUCUCUGGAUGACGCACUCGCGCGAGCAAAAGCUAGAGCUGCGGAGAUGGGAAUCCAACCUACUUACAGGGAGCAAGCACCCACACGCUAUGAGGACCCACGGUCAAGAUACGGUGCUCGUCGUUCCCGAUCCCGUACUCGCUCCCCGCCCUCUCGUCGUGGCGGUGAACCCUUCAGAGAUGCCUACAACCCCUUCCGCGACGAGCGUCGUGCGCGCGCUAGCGCCGAGUACGGUAUGCGCGAGCGAGAACGUUCUUAUAGUCCACCGCGGCGGGGCGGUCCGCCUGGGGCAGGCACGGGAAAUCCUUACUCCCCACCUCCGGCACGAGCCGAGAGGUACGGCGGCGGUCAUAGAGCGCGCUCACCUCCUCCGGAUGCCGAACAGAUGAACAUUGAAUCAUCACUUGUUGGACUGAUCAUCGGCCGCGGUGGGGAGACUCUGAGGCGUGUGGAGCAGGAGACCGGAGCUCGAGUUCAAUUCCUUACAAACGGCCAGGAUCGGGAUAGCGGUGGUGAACGGGUCUGCAAUAUCCAGGGCACACGCCCGCAAAUUUCGGCCGCAAGAAGGGCCAUAGAGCAGAUCAUUGCGGAGAAUGGUCCACCCGGAGGUGGCAUGGCAGGCCCUUCCGGAAGUACCAGUGGUCGGGGGAAAUUCGGUGGAAGCGGAGGUCAGCCCAACUUGCGAGACGGAGAAGAUAGCAUACAGAUACUUGUGCCCGAUAGAACUGUUGGCUUGAUAAUUGGUCGUGGUGGCGAAACUAUCCGCGACAUUCAAGACAAGUCUGGCUGUCACGUUAACAUUGUUGGCGAGGCAAAGAGUCAGAAUGGCCAGCGUCCUGUUAAUCUGAUUGGGUCGCCCCAAGCGGCAGAAGAUGCAAAACGGUUGAUCAUGGAAAUUGUUGAGAGCGAUAACGCAGGUACCGGACCACCGCCAGGAAUAUUAACUGAAACUAUUAGGGUCCCUAUAGAUGCUGUUGGCAUGAUUAUUGGGAAAGGCGGAGAAACGAUCAAAGAUAUGCAAUCCUCGACUGGCUGCCGUAUCAACGUCUCCAGUCAAUUCCAACAAGGUGACCCUGAACGUGAAAUUGCCUUAGCAGGGACCCGCGAAGCAAUAGCCCGUGCACGCAUUGCCAUUGAGGAAAAGGUCGAAGCAUCUACACGCAGUGCCCCCCCAACCCGUCCCGCACACUUCUCCACCGACCAACAACAGCAAUCUCAGCAACCAACCUGGCCAACCUACGCCCUCCCACAGCCCUCCUCUAACUCUCCCCCCGCCCCAUCAACCUCAAACACUACUGCCACCGCCGCCACCGGCACAGGAGGAGCACCGCCAGGCAUCCCGGGCGCAGCCCAGGACGAUCCGUAUGCCCCAUAUGGCGGAUAUCAGGCCUACUGCGCAAUGUAUUACGCCGUGGUUAUGCAGCAACAACAGCAGCAGCAGCAGCAAUCGCAGGGUGGUGCUGCCCCAGGCACUUAGCCACAACAAGACAUCGACCAAAAAAAAAAGGGAAAAUUUUUAGUGCUAGACUACGUGAUUUCUGGGUGAUCUUUUGUCGUGAUGGUGAUUGAUUGAUUGACUGAUUGAUUUGUGUGGAUUUUUCCCUUUUUUCCUUUUUUCCUUUUUUCCUGUUUCCCUUUUUCCUUCUCUCUUACCUUUUCUUGUGUCUUUCUUUUCUCGUUCCGAGGCCUGGGUUGGAGGGGGAUCCCGUGAGCGAGCGAGUGAGCUGACGUGACGUGACGUGCCUCUUCGUGCGUGAAUUGUGACUACUUGACUACUUCA